AUGUUGGAUGAUAGCAACUGGCGAGAAAAGAGGACGCGUUCGCCGUCUGUCAUCCCAGACGAUGGCAUUCGCCGCUUUCUCGAAGAAAAGACGGCACACCUCUUUGCCACCCAGCUGCAGUCACGUCUAGACGCUCUUGAACAAACCAGAGAAACACCGAGAUUCCUCAGACGCAACUCGUACAGCCUGUACUUGGAAGGACACUUCGCCCUCAUCGACCCACGCGAACUUGAACGCACUACCCUCAGCCCCACGCCUCCCUCCAGUGACGAAGAUUGGACAACAUCAGAGCACACCCCUGAACCAAGUUCCAACAUCAGCCAGUACAAACCGUAUCUUGUUGAGAAUCUUUUCCCGAAGUCGAAAGCCCUCCACGGCCGAAUUGAACGGAAAUCACUGCGGCGCCGGAACAAAAAGAGCAGCAGAACGCUCAAUCCAAAUCACCGCAUGUUACGUCGCUCCAGAGAUAAGCCCAAUUCGCUCUUUUACGAGCUGGACUGGGUGGGCAGAAAUGCAGUGGCCGUGUGCCAAUUGGCGCAGGACACUUCCGAAAUGGGUAUCAACAACAAGAAAGGCUGA